AGUGACGAGGCGCCGCCAUUUUAACUUCCUGCUUUUAUAGAGGACGAGCCCAGCGCUUUGUGUUAAUACUCGAAACGUUUUCUUAAAUAACGGGAAUAGGGGGUUGUAUUGCUUUAAUUUCAGGUUACAGGGAUCUAUCUAACUACCUCUGUUAGCUUCUGACAGCUUGUAUUGAGUAGUUUCAGCCGGGGAGUCGCAAUGCCGAGCCACCCGCUGCGUGUAGCGGUUGUGUGCUCGAGCAACCAGAACCGCAGUAUGGAAGCGCACAAUAUCCUCAGUAAACGUGGAUUUGAUGUGCGUUCAUUUGGGACAGGGUCUCAUGUGAAGUUACCUGGCCCUGCCCCGGAUAAGCCAAAUGUGUACGACUUCAAAACAACAUAUGAACAGAUGUACAACGACUUGGUCCGCAAGGACAAGGAACUAUACACACAGAAUGGCAUUCUGCAUAUGCUGGACCGCAACAAGCGCAUCAAGUCGAAGCCGGAGCGUUUUCAGAGCUGCAAGGAUAAAUUUGACCUAGUCAUCACCUGUGAAGAAAGAGUUUAUGACCAAGUGCUGGAGGAUUUGAACUCCAGAGAGCAGGAGACAUUGCAGCCAGUUCACGUCAUCAAUGUAGACAUUCAGGAUAACCAUGAGGAAGCCACGCUGGGCGCCUUCCUCAUCUGUGAGCUGUGUCAAUGUAUCCAGCACACUGACGACAUGGAGAAUGAAAUCGACGAGCUCCUACAAGAGUUUGAAGACAAAAGCAACAGGCCUUUUCUACACACUGUGUGCUUCUACUGAUACACAAAUAGAAACUCUGCAAUAAACACCGACCCAAAUUACAAUCAUUCAAACAACAUAUGGACACACACUUUACCCAGUGUGCCUGCACAGCUACACACACUCGCACAGACACACAGCUUUGGGUCAGGACCUAACAAAUGGCUGCUGUUUGACAUAUUGGUGAUGAUGGGUUUUUCCUCCCAGCAGAGGACGGACUCGCUGCUCAAGCGCUGCCUCUUUUUCCUCCGGAUCAAGGUCAGGCCAAGGUCCCCCCUCCACCCCAGUACAGUGAAAUCACUCAACCAUGUCUCCUCAGGGAGAGCCAUAACACCCACAGCCCAGCUGACAUCUCCCCAGUUUUGUUUAGUGUGGAAUAUUAUGGACUUUUUUUUUUUUUCGGCAGAUGAUAUAUAAUUGUAAUUCAUGAGCUUAUAUGUCAGAUUUUUAUUUCUGACCAGAGAUGGUGUAAAUGUGUUUGUGGGGAUCAGACGGAGGAGAAUUAAUUAAACUGAAUGCUUGUUUUUGUGUGACUGUAAUAGAUUAGUCAAGAUUAAGUUAAAAGUGGCUGGACUAAUGAAUAACCAAACAUACACCUCUCUGAGGCUCUCCUCCAACGUGUUUCCAAUAUAAUGUUUUAAUUCAUAUUUAAACAUGGAUUUGUUAUCUUUCAGGGCAUAUUUUCUUUUGUAAAUGGUAAAGAAUUGAAGCAUUGUAAUUAUUUGCAAGCUCAGCUCAGAGUGCCUGAUUUUCUGUAUGUAUAUAUGAAUCUAGUAAAGAAAAAGUCCCAAAGAAA